AUGAAUCAAAUCACUGCCGUUACAGCAAUGCAGAAUGCUAUUGAUGACAUUAAGAAAUGGAUGUUCGCUGACAAACUCAAAUUAAAUGAUGGGAAGUCCGAGUUCAUGAUUAUAGGCACAAGACAACAACUGGCCAAAGUCAGUGUUGACACCCUUCGAGUAGGCAACGUUCAACUAACACCACUUAGUGAAGCUCGCAAUUCACACAACAUUUAG